AUGCGGGUUGUGGUGUGUUCUGGGGUACAGGAGACCCGAAGUAACUACAUUUCUAAUGAAGUACCAACCGCUUGUAGAAAUCGCGCUAUCAAGCUUCAAAUGCCCCAAACAAAUCUCACGGCUGAGAUCGCGGCUGCAAUAGCAGCGAUAGAACAAGCGAUAUCCUACGGGAUGACCCAAGUCUGCAUCGUCACCGACUGUGAUGCGGUUGUUGAUUAUUGGACCGGGAAGCGGGAAGUGCCGGAACCUGGGGAUGAACCACUACGUUCGUGGGUCCUGAGGCUGCUAGCUUUCAAGGGGAAAUCGUUGAAUGUUACUUGGCGUAUAGUGAAGGCUCACUCAGGCGACGAGGGAAAUAAGCAAGCUGAUCGUUUGGCCAGAGAAGCAGCUGGUUUGGCUUAGAUUUUGUAACUUUUAUCGAUUUCAUAUAAAUAAAAUUCGUAUCUG